AUGGCCGACGGGUUGCUCACCUUUCUUUCGGGCGUCUUCGGCUGGGUCUACUUCCUCGCCUGGAGCGCCUCCUUCUAUCCCCAGGCCUUGCUCAACUGGCGUCGACGCUCCACCAGCGGCACCACUGUCGACUUUCCCUUCAUCAACGUGCUCGGCUUCCUCGCCUACUUUGUCUCCAACCUGGCCUUCUACUACUCCCCUGAGAUCCGUGCCCAGUAUGCUGCCCGUCACCGAGGCCUCGAGCCCACCGUCCAGUUCAACGACAUCACGUUUGCUCUCCACGCUCUGAUCCUGUCCAUCGUCACCGUCUCCCAGUACCUGUUCUCCUCCCUGUGGAACUUUACCCCAAGCCCCGGGAAUCGACCCAGCCGCUUCAUCCUUGGGGUAGCCGCCGGCUGUAUCACAGGGGUCAUCCUGACGUGUGUCAUCGUUACCACCUCGGCUGGGAACGAUCCUCUCUACGAUUGGGUCGCCUUGGAUAUUGUAUAUGCCAUCGGUUAUGUCAAGCUUAUCGUGACCUUGAUCAAGUACACGCCCCAGAUUGUCGCCAACUACAACAACCAGAGCACCGAGGGAUGGAGCAUCUCGCAGAUCCUGCUCGAUCUAACGGGUGGCGUCCUGAGUGUCAGCCAGCAGGCCAUUGACAGUUACCAGCAGCGUGACUGGAGCGGCAUCACUGGCAACCCGGUCAAGUUUGCGCUCGGCAACAUCAGCAUGAUCUACGACAGCAUCUUCAUCACUCAGCACUACGUGUUAUAUCGCAACAAGCCUCAUCAUGCGCAUGCGGAAGGCGAGAGGUUACUGGAUGAGGAGCGGAGGGUGUAGUAAGCUUCUCUACUGAUUCGAUCAUUUACCUGUGAUAGAAGAUGCCAUUACACGGGCCUAAUGUCAGACAUGCCCAACCAUUAUUUAACCUGUCAUUUGAGCGUUUGGAUACCUUCCCAAUAAGAUUUACAUACAUGGGUGUAUCAGUUACAACGACAACCUGGAAAGCGGCGGCGCACAGGCGGUAUCUAGAUUUGGGCGGUAUAACAGUCAAGUUUUAGCAAAUGAAUUAAUCGUAUUCAAUGCC